AUGUCUGACUUAGAUGACGAUUUAUUAGCUUUAGCUGGGGUUACAGAUUCCGAAGAUGAAUCACCAAAACGUAAAUUCGAAGAUGUAGAACCUGAAGUUAAUGAAUUGGUCAACCCUUACCCUUUGGAAGGUAAAUAUAAGAAUGAACAAGAUCGUGAACAUUUAUUAGAUAUGGAUGAAGUUGAAAGGGAACAAAUCCUUUUCGAUAGAUCCCAAGAAAUGGAAAGAUAUAAUGAAAAGAAGUUCUUACAAGAUAGAUUGAAACAACAACAAGCAGACCAAGCGGAAACCAAAGCCACCAGAAGUAGUAAAAGAGCCAAAACUGUGGGAGGAAACAAUAAAAAGACCUCUCAAUUGAGUGAAUUAAGAAAACAAAGAGAAAAGAAAAACCGUCAAAGUUAUCUGGACGAUGAAGAUGAUGAAGAAGAGUUUGAUGAAGAAGAAGACCAAUUGGAUGAAGAUGAUUUAGAUGUAUUAAGUGAUGAAUAUGAAAGUAAAAGUCAUUGGAAAGAAGCUACCACUACAAGAAAACCAAGAAGUUACGUAAGAGCUGAAUUCAAAGAUAUUGGAAAAGUAUUCAUUGGAAGAAGUUUCAUGUUAAAAUAUUGUUUCUAUCCUAAAUUUGAAGAAAGUAUUGUUGGAUGUUAUGGUAGAGUUAACUUAGGACCAAAUCCAAGAACCAGAACUCCAAGUUAUAGAAUGGUCAAAAUAAUCGGUGUUGAACACAGACCUGAUAAGAAAUAUAAAGUUCCUAAUUCCCAAAGUGAUUUGUAUAUAUUGGUUAGUCAAAAUAAGAAACAAACUAAACAUUUCCCGAUGAGUGUUUUCUCAGAUAGUUCAAUUCAAAUGGAAGAAUUCAAUAAAUAUUUGAAUGAAUUGAAUAAGAAUCAUGAAGAUAUUGAAUAUACUGAAGAAAUUAAUGAAGUAUAUGAAGAAAUUUCAACUAACUUGACAGAAAAAUCAUUGAAUGAUAAGGAAAUUAAUCAAAUGAUUGAGAAUAAACAAAAAUUAAGUAAGAAUUCUAAUGGAUUUGAUGCAGUUUUCCAAAAGGCUCAAAUUUUGGAUAAGUUAAAGAUUGCUAAACAACAAAACAGAUUUGAAGAAGUCAAGAAAUUAUCAGAAGAAUUGAAUAAAUUGGAAACUUCAUUAAUUGAAACUAACAAUAAACAAAAUGUUGCUAACAAUUUGAGUUCUAUGACCAAGGUUAACGAAAGAAAUCGUAAAUUGAAUUUAGAAAACAUUAAAAAAGCUGAAUUAAAAUCUCAUAAUUUGAAGAGGUUAAAUACCGGUAAUGAUGACGGUAAUCCAUUCUUAAGAUUGAAAACAGUUACAAGAGUAUUCUAUCAAGAUAUAAUCAAUUUGGAGAAUGAAAAAGCAAGUAAAGAUGCCAAAAUCAAUUACGAAAAAUUAAUUAAAGAAAAGGAACUUAAUGAAAAGAAGAUUGCUGAAUCAAGUUAUAGAGUUUUAGGAGUUAUGGAUGAAUUAAUUAAUGAAAUAGAUGUGGAUUUCGAAGAUAUAGUUGUUUAA